AUGCUUCUCGACGAAGACCCUGCUGCUCUCAUUGCGCAAUGCACCUCGCACUUCAAAAUUGGCAAUGACAAAACCUCGCUUCACCGCAUCAACGAAUCCCUUAGUACUCUGAGCGAGUUUCGCACACAGCACCUGCGCUCCAUCCAGUCCUCUCUAAGCGCGCUGAACCGCACUCACCAAACACUCUCCGCAAACCACAAUCACACCCUAUCACAGCACAAUCCGACCAACCAUGCAGCAGAGAUCCUAAGGCUGGACACUGAGAAGUUUAAGAUUGCGAAGCAAGCCAGUGAUUUGGAAAUUGAGGGCGAGAGGCUACAAAGUGACCUGGCAAGGCUGGGUAAUGUAGCCAGCGAGCUAGAAGAGGAGGGUGUCGAAGGGGGUGUCGAGCCCAAGGCAGGUGAAGAUGCUACUGUACUAAAACUAAAACUCUACCGUACCCUCGGCAUUGAUGUCGAGGCUGACCCGACUACCGGCGAGUACAACAAGGCUGUCAUUCGCAAUGCAGCCAAGGGAGACGUACAUGUUGUCAAUAUUGACCCCAAGUUUUCGCGCCACUUUUACACCAACUACUUCUGGCGGACACUUUGAGUUGGCGCGAGAGUCUUUGUAUUCGCACUGGCCGUAUAUCGUGGUUUAGGUGCUAGCGUCGAGGUCUAGGGCAUGGCGUUUAUUCACGACUUGAUUAUGAGAUACCUAUUUGUUUAUGGCGUUGGGCUUCUCUUAGAUCAAUAGCACACUUCACAUGUUGUGUCUCAUGAGCGGAUAUAACGUCAGAGUAGAUAAUCGUGUAGUACACAAUUCCACAUCAUAUAAGAAGG